AUGGCAAAGAGCAAUGAAGAAUCAUCGAAUCUGAAUGUGAUGAACAAACCACCUUUGAAGAAGACAAAGACACUUCCUUCCCUCAAUCUCAGAGUUUCUGUUACUCCUCCCAAUCCCAAUGACAACAAUGGAAUUGGAGGAACUUCAACUACUAAAACUGAUUUCUCAGAACAACAAUGGAACUACCCUUCUUUCCUUGGCAUUGGCAGCACCUCCAGAAAAAGAAGACAACCACCCCCUCCUCCUUCCAAACCUCCUGUAAACCUCAUUCCUCCUCAUCCCCGUCCCCUCUCCGUCAACGACCACAACAAAACCACCUCCUCACUUCUUCCACAACCUUCCUCUUCCUCCAUCACCAAACAACAACAACAACACUCUACCUCCUCUCCCAUCUUCUAUCUUUUAGUUAUCUGUUGUAUUAUUCUUGUACCCUAUUCAGCUUAUUUACAAUACAAACUUGCCAAACUCAAGGAUAUGAAACUUCAACUCUGUGGUCAAAUUGAUUUUUGUUCCCGUAACGGAAAAACAUCCAUACAAGAAGAGGUUGAUGACGAUGAUAAUGCAGAUAGUAGAACAAUAGCUUUAUAUAUUGUGCUUUUCACAUUGAUUUUGCCUUUUGUAUUGUACAAAUAUCUUGAUUAUCUUCCUCAAAUAAUUAAUUUCUUGAGGAGAACAGAAAGUAACAAGGAGGAUGUACCAUUAAAGAAGAGAGUUGCUUAUAUGGUAGAUGUAUUUUUCUCCAUAUAUCCUUAUGCAAAGCUACUUGCACUUCUUUGUGCAACUCUCUUUCUUAUAGCAUUUGGUGGUUUAGCGUUGUAUGCGGUUACUGGUGGUAGCAUGGCUGAAGCACUUUGGCAUUCUUGGACUUAUGUAGCUGACGCAGGAAAUCACGCUGAAACAGAAGGAACCGGCCAGAGAAUCGUCUCUGUCUCAAUUAGUGCGGGUGGCAUGCUUAUAUUUGCCAUGAUGCUUGGGCUUGUUUCGGAUGCUAUAUCAGAGAAGGUUGAUUCACUUAGAAAAGGAAAGAGCGAAGUCAUCGAAAGAAACCAUGUACUCAUCCUUGGCUGGAGUGACAAAUUGGGCUCACUUUUGAAGCAGCUAGCAAUAGCCAAUAAGAGUGUUGGUGGUGGUGUUAUUGUGGUGCUUGCAGAAAAGGAAAAGGAGGAAAUGGAAAUGGAUAUUGCAAAGCUCGAAUUCGAUUUCAUGGGGACAUCAGUAAUAUGUAGAAGUGGCAGUCCACUAAUACUUGCUGACCUAAAGAAGGUUUCAGUUUCAAAGGCACGUGCAAUCAUUGUUUUAGCUGCGGACGAAAAUGCAGAUCAGAGUGAUGCACGUGCUUUGAGAGUUGUUCUUAGCUUAGCUGGUGUAAAGGAGGGCUUAAGGGGGCAUGUUGUUGUAGAGAUGAGCGACCUAGACAAUGAACCCCUAGUGAAACUUGUUGGUGGAGAACUCAUUGAAACAGUUGUUGCACAUGAUGUGAUUGGACGUUUGAUGAUUCAGUGUGCUCUACAGCCUGGCCUUGCACAGAUAUGGGAGGACAUUCUAGGAUUUGAGAAUGCUGAGUUUUACAUAAAAAGAUGGCCUGAACUGGAUGAUCUUCUUUUCAAAGACAUAUUAAUUUCAUUUCCUGAUGCAAUACCGUGUGGAGUUAAGGUUGCUGCAGAUGGAGGGAAGAUUGUCAUAAAUCCAGAUGAUAAUUAUGUUCUGAGAGAUGGUGAUGAAGUCCUUGUUAUAGCUGAGGAUGAUGACACUUAUGCCCCAGGCCCUCUGCCAGAGGUACGCAAGGGUUAUUUCCCUAGGAUACGUGAUCCCCCUAAAUAUCCAGAGAAGAUACUGUUUUGUGGCUGGCGCCGUGACAUUGAUGAUAUGAUCAUGGUUUUAGAAGCAUUCUUGGCCCCUGGUUCAGAACUUUGGAUGUUCAAUGAAGUUCCUGAAAAGGAAAGAGAGAGGAAACUUGCUGCUGGUGAACUUGAUGUUUUUGGAUUAGAGAACAUAAAGCUUGUUCACCGGGAGGGAAAUGCUGUCAUUAGGCGGCACCUCGAGAGUCUUCCUUUGGAGACUUUUGAUUCUAUCCUUAUUCUUGCAGAUGAGUCAGUGGAGGACUCUGUUGCUCAUUCUGACUCAAGAUCCCUAGCCACUCUUCUGCUCAUUCGUGAUAUACAGUCGAGACGUCUACCUUACCGAGAUACGAAGUCAACUUCUUUAAGGUUAUCUGGGUUCUCUCAUAACUCAUGGAUCCGCGAAAUGCAACAAGCUUCAGAUAAAUCAAUUAUAAUUAGUGAAAUUUUGGAUUCUAGGACUAGAAAUCUAGUUUCUGUAUCCAGGAUCAGUGAUUAUGUAUUAUCCAAUGAGCUGGUUAGCAUGGCACUAGCUAUGGUAGCUGAAGACAAGCAGAUCAACCGUGUUCUUGAGGAAUUAUUUGCGGAGGAGGGGAACGAGAUGUGUAUUAAGCCAGCAGAGUUCUAUUUAUUUGACCAGGAGGAGCUCUGUUUCUAUGAUAUAAUGAUUAGGGGUCGUACAAGAAAGGAGAUUGUUAUAGGCUAUCGCCUGGCCAACCAAGAGCGUGCUAUUAUCAACCCUUCAGAAAAAUCUGUGCCAAGAAAAUGGUCCCUUGAUGAUGUUUUUGUUGUUUUAGCCUCAGGUGAAUGACAGAAGAAAGGAAUAGUAUCAUUCUUGUUCCGUAUGUUUUAUGUUUUGUCCUCGUCGAGAUUCAUGCAUGCCUACACUAUGAUGGUCAUUCCUUUCAUUCUCGAUUUAACUUGCCAAAAAGAUACUGACAGUGGCAGCUAGUUAUAACUGUUGAUAGAAGCUCGGAAUUUGAAGAUUCCUUGAAUGCGAAAGGAACCAAGAUUUUGCCGGCUCUAAGAAUUGGUUACUCGCGCUCUUUAUUGUGGAUAUUAUAUUUGUUGUAACUUGUAAAAUAAUCUUUUAUAAAUAGAUGUAGGUGACUAGGGACAAGUUCAAGUAGCAGAGGAUAGCACAUUUAGAAACUUUGAUCUCAGGUUUCAGUGAGAAAAAUGCUAUACUGAUUCACUUAUGUUUCUUAACAUAUCAAGUCAGCAGCAGCUUUGAAAUAAAAAAAAGCAAAGUUUCAUGUUA